AAGGCUGGCAGUUUGAUUCAGCACUUCUGGAGAUCUAUUUGUCUGUUUUGGGGUGGUGGGUUUUUUUUCUUCUCAUUUUGAUUUGGAAACCUACAAGGGAAGCUUUCCUUUUCUUUUUUUUUUCUUUUUUUUUUCUUCUUGUUUUUGAUGCAGAGGGCAAGAUUUCUCUGGAUGCUUAGGAUUCAUUGCCUCUAGCACAGCUGAAGAAAGAGAGUUGGCAGAGAAAGGAGGAGGAGACAGACAAGAAGAGGAGCAUCAUUUUUUGCCUUGCUCUGUGUGUGUGUGUGUGUGUGUGUGUGUAUACAUAUAUGAAAAGACCAGGGCAGUUUGUGUGAUCCUAUGCAAAUCUGCUCUUGAACAGCGAGGUAUUUCUUUAUAUUUUUUCCAUUUGGAAAGCUUUUCUUUCUAGUCCUUUUUUUGUUGUUGUUGUACCAGCUGAGUCAUCAUGUCUGCUCUGACGCCUCAAAGUGAUAUGCCAACCCCCACCACAGACAAGAUCACGCAGGCUGCCAUGGAGACCAUCUAUCUUUGCAAAUUCCGAGUGUCUAUGGAUGGAGAAUGGCUCUGCCUGCGCGAGCUGGAUGACAUCUCACUUACGCCUGACCCUGAACCUACCCAUGAAGGGAUUCUUCUUGCAGCUUCUUCCAAUUCUGUGAGCAGUGAGCUGUUGUGUAGUAUAGUGACACCUAGAUUACCUAUGAUGCCUGCCACAAAUAAAGACUCUUGGGAGGAUUUGACAGAUUUGGUGGAGCAAUUGCGUGAUGAUACUGAAGAUCCUAAUUAUCUCAUGGCUAAUGAACGCAUGAACCUAAUGAAUAUGGCUAAACUGAGUAUAAAGGGGUUGAUUGAGUCAGCACUUAAUUUGGGCAGAACACUGGAUUCGGACUAUGCACCUCUUCAGCAGUUCUUUGUAGUGAUGGAGCACUGCCUUAAACAUGGCUUGAAAGCCAAGAAGACUUUUCUUGGGCAAAAUAAGUCAUUUUGGGGACCUCUAGAGUUGGUAGAGAAGCUUGUUCCUGAAGCUGCUGAGAUCACAGCAAGUGUUAAAGAUCUACCAGGUCUUAAGACGCCUGUGGGUAGAGGAAGAGCCUGGCUUCGUCUGGCCUUAAUGCAGAAGAAGCUUUCUGAAUACAUGAAAGCCUUAAUUAACAGAAAGGAUCUUCUCAGUGAAUUUUAUGAGCCUAAUGCACUCAUGAUGGAAGAAGAAGGUGCCAUAAUUGCUGGCCUCUUAGUGGGGUUAAAUGUCAUUGAUGCAAACUUCUGCAUGAAAGGAGAAGACCUGGAUUCACAGGUUGGCGUUAUUGAUUUUUCCAUGUACUUGAAGGAUGGGAACAGCACAAAGGGCAAUGAGGGAGAUGGUCAAAUUACUGCUAUUUUGGAUCAGAAAAAUUAUGUAGAAGAACUCAACAGACACUUAAGUGCUACUGUGAACAAUCUGCAGGCAAAGGUUGAUGCUUUAGAAAAAUCUAACACUAAACUAACUGAAGAGCUUGCAGUUGCAAACAAUAGGAUUAUAACACUGCAGGAAGAGAUGGAACGAGUUAAAGAAGAAAGCUCUUACAUUUUAGAAUCCAAUCGCAAGGUAACUAAGCAAGACAGAACUACAGAUGGACAUGCACUGAGUGAAGCACGCAAACAAUUGAAGGAAGAGACUCAACUACGGCUGGAUGUGGAAAAAGAGUUGGAGGUGCAGAUUGGAAUGCGACAGGAGAUGGAGCUGGCCAUGAAGAUGCUGGAAAAAGAUGUUUGUGAGAAGCAGGAUGCACUAGUAGCACUCAGGCAGCAACUAGAUGAUCUCAGGGCCCUAAAACAUGAGCUUUCCUUCAAGCUGCAGAGUUCAGACCUGGGAGUGAAACAAAAGAGUGAAUUAAACAGCCGCUUGGAGGAGAAGACAAAUCAGAUGGCUGCUACCAUUAAACAGCUUGAACAAAGAUUGCAACAAGCAGAGAAGGAACGCCAGUCUGCUGAGGAGGACAACCGGUUGUUCAAGCACGAAUUUGGGGACAAGAUCAACAGUCUUCAGAUAGAAGUGGAAAAGCUCAUCAAGCAGCGCAACCAUCUUGAACUGGAAUUGAAACGGAAAAGGCACAGAUGGUCACAUACCCAUCACGGUAUCCAAGAAAGCAAAAGCACUUUAGUCCAAGGCAAAGGCUGCCAGAAGACUGAAGUAAAAACGGAGGGAAAACAUAAAGCCCAGGAGGAAAAUGGCAGACUGGUAAAAGACGAAAAUGCAGUUUUACCAAACAACAUAAAGUCUGACGUACAAGAAGAGCAGGAUCAGCUCUCUGGACCUGAAAAGUUGCAGAUAUGUCAACUGUGCCAAGAAGAAGGCAGCCUAACCAAAGGAAAGAACAUUUGCAAGAACUGUGGUGGGAUCUUCUGUGAGGCCUGUUCAGCAAAUGAACUGCCCCUUCCAUCUAGCAUCAACCCUGAGUGUGUUUGCAACCCGUGUCACAAGCUGUUGAUACAACAAUAUUCAACAAGCCCAUUUGAGGAUGCAGGACAUGGACAGUGAUGCACAAAUAGAGCAUGUUCGAGCCAUAACUACUGUAACUUUUGCUCAGCUCUGGAGCUGUAAUAGGAGCUUCUAGAGAAGAAUCAUUUUCUGUGCUUGUGUGGUCAGAAAAAGGAAGUACUUUUAUCAUACUUACAAUCUUUCUCAGAACUGUAAACAUUUAAAUAACUGGUCUGAGCCCUCCUUAAGGAAAACACGCUAGUUUUCAGGCAUGAGCUUGUCGCAGGGGUGGAGAGCUGUUUGGAGUCUCAUGUCAGAGUAGCUUUAAGUUAUGUAACAAAGCAAUUGCCGGAAGAAGUAAAAAUGUGAGUCUUCAAAUCAGUAAGGGUCACUUCCUCAAGGAAGGCAGAAUGAAACAUAACUGAACAUACAAUGGUGAUUUUGCUUGAAAUACCUGUUCCUUUUUCCCUUCUGCCGUUAGCAGUUCUACUAAACUGAUACUUCAGCCAGAAAAAAAAUGCACUACAGAAGUGGGAAUUAAAAAAUGUAUGUUGGCCCAGUCGUUUCUUGAGUUAAAUCCCCCAGUGGCCACUUAUGUUGGGCUGUGUGGAGUAACUUCAGAAGUUCCAAGAGGCAAGUUCUCAAGGGAUUUUUCUUUUGUCAUCUUUUGGAGGCCUGUAUAUGAUAUGAGAAUUGAAUGGCAACCUUUUUGCCCAGCAUUGAAUGUUUAAAAGUCUUCACAGAAAAAUGUUCCACUUGUAUUUUAAAUACAGGGUUUAAAAGAAAAUACCUUUGAACUUUGUAGUGGAGGCUGUCACCGUGAUUUAGACUAAAAACACAAGAUUUUGGAAGUUGUGACCAUACUAGAGAUUGUAAAUCUGUGUUCUAUCUUGAUCUGAUAAUUAGAGUAACUUAAUUUCUAAAUAUGUAAGUGCAUAAUACUACUCCAUUAUUUAAACCAAAUGUUCAGGGCUAGGACUAUGCAUUCUGUCCCACCAUACAGCUGUUAACUUUUAAACAUUUUUUUGGUUAAUACAGCUGUGUAAGAAUAAUAUUAUAUCUAAUUACUGAAGCAAUAAUAACCUGUUUUACUAAGAGGCUGUCAGAGUAAAGCCUGACCACAAGGUGGUGGUUACUAGCCAGUAGCUCAGAAAUGUUAAUUUGAAACUCAUGUUCAGUACAUUUUACAGCUCCUGCUGCAUCAGAAUAUCAGGUAAGAUGUAGAAUCCUUUAAAGUGACUAUUCCAAAAAGGGGCAGCUGCCUUCUAAAGUCUACAGCCAUCUGUGGGAAUAUAAUCAGACUGUCAUAGUUUUUAUUUGAUGUACUUUUUACUGGAAGCUUAAGUUAAGCAUUUGAGACUGCAGAAUGUACUGUAACCUGUAAAGACUGAUAUAUGUAUAUUUAUAUAUGUGUUAUCUGGGUGUUUGCAUUUUUGUACAAAACUAUUUUAGGAAAAUGUGUUGUUUUUUUUCCUUAAAGGGGAUUAUUUAGAAAUUAUAUUGGUUAGAAUUUAAUCUUAAAAACAGCACAAUGUGUAGAUCAGAGUUCAGCAUGCUUGCUUGGACUGGUGAUGCUGUUUAUCAGUAUGUACUCUGUUUUGACUCCACAUGAUGAAUACAAGGAGGUAGAUGGGCUUUUUUGAAAGGAGCUCUAACCACAGGCAUUUGUGUAUGGGACAGAUCAGAAGAUGAACUUGACAUGGUUUUCCUUAUUCUGAUACUUUCCCCAUUAGGAUAGUAGUUAUCCCCAUUAGAUUAGUAGUUAGAAUAGAUGUAUUUCCCUGCAGUUGACCACAUUCACUUAGAACGGGAAACAAGUUGUAAAAGACUCCAAAUCCAAAGCUAUUUUACCUCCAAGAAUCAAAGUGGAGAAAAUGCAGCUUUCAGAUUUUAGCCUCUUUUUCCAGGCAGAUAGUUCUUGUACUUUGCCAUCCAUGUGGAGUCAGGGGUAAAUGGAAAAGAUGCUAAACUAAUGAAUCUUUAUCCUGAAGAUAAGAUUGCUUCUGGGUGGGUAAAUUAAUCAAUGAAGCACUGUACCAGAUUCCAGGACUGGAACCUGAUAUUUGAAUUAAGUUAAUUUUGCUUUUCUGGCAGGGUCACUUGGAAAAUAAAUUGAAAUGUAAACAAUGCUAACAGCCUCUGGGUAUUAAACUGGAAGCACCAUCAUUCUUAUGCUGACAUGGCCACAUUUCCCUUGUAAUUAGCUCUAAGAUGGUAGCAGAUUAAUUA